CCAAUUCUCUCCCACUUCCAUUCAUUUUUCCAGUUUCAGUAAUCGCUUCUUACAAACUCUGUUUUUCUCGUUUAGUUUGUGAUUAGAAAUAUGAAGUGUUUUUUCUUCAAUAAAAAAUCAAAAUCAGACCUAAAUUUAAACAUUAGAAAGAAGAAAAAUCAAGGGCCUAAUAUCGCGCAUUCAUCGCCAAGGAGUAUAAAAGAAUUGUGCAAAGAGAGGGAACACAAUUUCAGAGAUUUUACUUUGCAAGAGCUCGUGGAUGCAACAAAUGGUUUCAAUAAGGUGUUGAAGAUAGGAGAGGGGGGUUUUGGGAAAGUAUAUAGAGGAACAAUUACUCAUGAAAAUGGAAUAGGUAACCCAAUUACGGACACGGUUGCCAUAAAAAAACUCAACACACUUGGCUUUCAGGGGCAUAAGGAAUGGCUAGCAGAAGUUCAAUUUCUCAGCAUUGUGAAUCACCCGAAUUUGGUUAAGCUUUUGGGGUACUGUUCUGUAGACGAUGAAAGAGGAAUCAAGCGGUUGUUAGUGUAUGAGUUCAUGUCUAAUAGAAGUCUAGAUGAUCACCUUUUCAGUCGUUCUUUACCUCCUUUGCCUUGGAAAAUCAGAUUGCAAAUCAUGCUUGGGGCUGCUCAAGGGUUACAAUAUCUACAUGAAGGAAUGGAGAUUCAGGUGAUAUACCGAGAUUUCAAACCUUCAAAUGUGUUGUUGGACAAGCAAUUCCAUCCCAAACUCUCAGAUUUUGGUCUUGCUAGGGAGGGCCCAACAGGUGAUCAGACUCAUGUCUCUACUGCAGUAGUAGGGACAAGGGGUUAUGCAGCACCAGAGUAUAUUGAAACAGGUCAUCUAAAAUCAAAGAGUGACGUUUGGAGUUUUGGUGUGGUACUGUAUGAGAUCCUCACAGGAAGAAGAGUAUUGGAAAGACGUCUUCCAAAAGUGGAACAAAAGCUUAUAGAUUGGGUUAAAAACUAUCCUGCUAACAGUAGAAGAUUCAACAUGAUAAUGGACCCUCGACUCACAAACAAAUAUUCUCUUGAUGCAGCUAGAAAAAUUGCCAAGUUGGCUGAUAGUUGUUUAAAAAAAAAUGCUGAAGAGAGGCCAUCAAUGAGUCAGAUAGUGGAAAGCUUGAAAAAAGCAUUGCAAUGUUCAUAAACCUUAACAAUUGUUUGAAUUAUUUAAUUCCCUUGUCAUAAGAUGGUUCAAAAUGUUGCAUUGAUAAUUUUAUUAAUCAUAGAUUGGUUCCAAGAUAAAUUGAUGAGGCUUCAAAUGUAGUUUGCAAAGCUGUUUUGAGUAUUGGAUUCACAAAUAACGUCCCUAUAACUUGCUGUUCAUGCCAAUUACAGUCAAUGAGCAAUAGCUAAAAAGCUUGGAUUUGGAUUUGCUGCAAUCAGUCAGCAACCCACCCAUUCAGCACAUCAUAGGUGUGAAUCAAGAUCAAAUGGCUCAAUUCUUAAGCUUGAUAGUUCAGUUUUAAAAAUAAAA